ACUUUCCUGGGAAGUUUUCCUCCCGCCGCGGAACCCCCGGGGCCCUGACGCCACUUCCUCCCCCCUGGCCGUGGGCGUUUUCUGUCCGACACCCCGUCUUCCUGGCCGGGCAGCCUGGGUUUGGCAGACCCCCGGACCAUGGUUCCACACUUGGGGCACUGGCAUCUCUGAGCAUCUCAGUCUCAUCUCCUGAGGACAGCAAGUGAUCCUGGCUACCCUGGGUGACCAGGCCUCACAUUACAGAUGGACAGACUGAGGUGGGAGGCGGACACCCUGGCGUCCUGCCAGGAAGGGACACCAUCCGCACCUGAUGAGCUGUGGCCUCCAACCAUCGUUUCCCUGCCUCUUUCGGGGAUUUUCCCUCCAGAGCCCUGUCCACUCUGGCCUUGUUUCUGGAACUGCUCCUCACCCGGAGGACCCCAUCCUUUCCAUGAAGCAGGCAGUGGGGGCUUCCUGGCACGUGGCCUCUUCAUUAACUACUCCAGAGUGUGUGCAGAUGACUGGAGGGGAGGCUGGCCAAGUGCAAAGCAUUGUUAUUGCGGAAUUAAAGAGCCCGCUUGCGCCCACCUCCAGAAGUGGUAAUGCAGUUACAGAUGAAAAAGUGAGAGCUUGCAGACUGUGCUAAAGUAAGCCCCACCAUCCAUUCUGCUUCAGAGCAUAAUCGCGUUGUCUUCAGAAAGAAAGAAAACAGAGCAUGCCUACCAAGCCCUUCCUCUCUUCUGCUCUGCUCUCCUGGAAAGUUCUGGACUUCUCUGGCCCAGGGCCUCAGGAGACUGGCCAGCCCCGCUCCUGUGGGCACUGGACAGACGGACAAGGUGAACCACCUGAGCCUGCUGGAGGGCCGGUGUCCCAGGGCAGUAGUGAUUAGGGAAUGUCACUCUGGCCACAUCCGAGCCUGGGUGGGCCUCUAUGGGGAGGUCCCUGUUUGCUUUGGUCUGGUUGUCCACAGUCAGAACCAAGUUCUGGACACAGAGUCUGGAAUGGCACCCUGACCCCUUGCCUUACAGGACUUCGGGCAGCCUUCUUUGGCGCGGUGCCUCAUCUGUAACAAGAGAGGGACGGCGGGCUGGGUAGGACUUGGACAGAUAGGCACUGUUGUGGGGACCUACAACCUGGCCAGAUCGUCACGGGCUCCGAGUCACCUCGUACCCUCUCCCUUGUAGUCACAGCCCAGAAGAAUUCUGCUAGGGGUGGGCAGGGGUCUUCGCCAUCUGUCCGUUACGUGCCUGGCUGGCAGAUCACCAUGGCUCUCUCUCCUGGGACCUUGGGCAGUGUGUGAGGUGGUGGGGCCAAGAGGAGAAUUCAUUUUUGGAACAGUCUUGAAGUGUUCGAACAAUUGCUUUCAUGUGCUGAGGAGGCCCUGUGGAGGCUUCCAGACCGAGCUGCCUGCUCAAGCCCUGCCCUUGGAACCCAGAGUGGUGACUGCUCAGGGACACGUCUGAGUUUUAAGCACACCCAUUCAUUUGGGCAGUCUUUUCCUAGAUGGGCUGACGCAGGCACUUUGGCCCACAGAAAUAAGAUACUUCAGAGGGGGUGGGAGGGGAAGCAGGAACGUGCUGGCUAAAGCCCUCUAUGACAACGUGGCCGAGUCCCCGGAUGAGCUGUCCUUCCGAAAGGGUGACAUCAUGACGGUGCUGGAGCAGGACACGCAGGGCCUGGACGGCUGGUGGCUCUGCUCGCUGCAUGGGCGCCAGGGCAUCGUUCCUGGGAACCGCCUCAAGAUCUUGGUGGGCAUGUAUGAUAAGAAGCCAGCAGGGCCUGGCCCCGGCCCUCCCACCAUCCCGGCCCAGUCUCAGCCUGGCCUCCAUACCCCGGCGCCUCCAGCCUCCCAGUACACGCCCAUGCUCCCCACCACCUACCAGCCCCAGCCUGACAGUGUCUACCUGGUGCCCACUCCCAGCAAGGCUCAGCAAGGCCUCUACCAAGCCCCGGGUCCCAGCCCUCAGUUCCAGUCGCCCCCAGCCAAGCAGACAUCCACCUUCUCGAAGCAGACGCCCCAUCACCAGUUUCCCAGCCCCGCCACAGACCUGUAUCAAGUGCCCCCAGGGCCUGGAGGCCCCGCCCAGGACAUUUACCAGGUGCCACCUUCUGCUGGGAUGGGGCAUGACAUCUACCAGGUCCCCCCGUCCAUGGACACACGCAGCUGGGAGGGCACGAAGCCCCCGGCAAAGGUGGUGGUGCCCACCCGCGUGGGGCAGGGCUACGUAUAUGAGGCCGCCCAGCCGGAGCAGGACGAGUACGACAUCCCGCGACACCUGCUGGCCCCGGGGUCACAGGACAUCUAUGACGUGCCCCCGGUUCGGGGGCUGCUUCCCAGCCAGUAUGGCCAGGAGGUGUAUGACACGCCCCCCAUGGCUGUCAAGGGUCCCAAUGGCCGAGACCCGUUGCUGGAGGUGUAUGACGUGCCCCCCAGCGUGGAGAAGGGCCUGCCACUGUCCAGCCACCACGCGGUCUAUGACGUUCCUCCAUCGGUGAGCAAGGAUGUGCCUGAUGGCCCGCUGCUCCGUGAGGAGACCUACGAUGUGCCCCCCGCCUUCGCCAAGGCCAAGCCUUUUGACCCCGCCCGCACCCCACUGGUCCUGGCUGUGCCCCCUCCAGACUCCCCGCCGGCCGAGGACGUGUAUGAUGUGCCGCCCCCGGCUCCUGACCUCUACGACGUGCCCCCUGGCUUGCGGCGGCCUGGCCCAGGCACCCUGUAUGAUGUGCCCCGUGAACGGGUGCUUCCUCCUGAGGUGGCCGAUGGUGGCGCGGUUGACAACGGUGUCUAUGCGGUGCCUCCCCCAGCUGAACGUGAAGCCCCGGCAGAUGGCAAGCGCCUUUCGGCCUCCAGCACUGGCAGCACACGUAGCAGCCAGUCUGCAUCCUCCUUGGAGGUGGCGGGGCCGGGCCGGGAACCCAUGGAGCUGGAAGUUGCCGUGGAGGCCCUGGCACGGCUGCAGCAGGGUGUGAGCACCACCGUUGCCCACCUUCUGGACCUGGCAGGCAGCGCCGGUGGGACUGGGAGUUGGCGUAACCCUACUGAGCCACAGGAGCCGCUGGUGCAGGACCUGCAGGCUGCUGUGGCUGCCGUCCAGAGUGCCGUCCACGAGCUGCUGGAGUUUGCCCGCAGCGCCGUGGGCAAUGCUGCCCACACAUCUGACCGCGCCCUGCAUGCCAAGCUUAGCCGGCAACUGCAGAAGAUGGAGGACGUGCACCAGACGCUGGUGGCACACGGUCAGGCUCUCGACGCUGGCCGGGGAGGCCCUGGAGCCACCCCUGAGGACCUGGACCGGCUGGUGGCGUGCUCGCGGGCUGUGCCCGAGGACGCCAAGCAGCUGGCCUCCUUCCUGCACGGCAAUGCCUCGCUGCUCUUCAGACGGACCAAGGCCCCUGCUCCGGGGCCCGAGGGGGGUGGCACCCUGCACCCCAACCCCACUGACAAGACCAGCAGCAUCCAGUCACGGCCCCUGCCCUCACCCCCUAAGUUCACCUCCCCGGACUCGCCAGAUGGGCAGUACGAGAACAGCGAGGGGGGCUGGAUGGAGGACUAUGACUACGUCCACCUGCAGGGGAAGGAGGAGUUUGAAAAGACCCAGAAGGAGCUGCUGGAAAAGGGCAGCAUCACGCGGCAGGGCAAGAGCCAGCUGGAGCUGCAGCAGCUGAAGCAAUUUGAACGACUGGAACAGGAGGUAUCGCGGCCCAUAGACCACGACUUGGCCAACUGGACACCAGCCCAACCCCUGGCCCCGGGGCGGACAGGCGGCCUGGGACCCUCGGACCGGCAGCUGCUGCUCUUCUACCUGGAGCAGUGUGAGGCCAACCUGACCACACUGACCAAUGCCGUGGACGCCUUCUUCACCGCCGUGGCCACCAACCAGCCACCCAAGAUCUUUGUGGCACACAGCAAAUUCGUCAUCCUUAGCGCCCACAAGCUGGUGUUCAUUGGGGACACACUUUCCCGGCAGGCCAAGGCUGCUGACGUGCGCAGCCAGGUGACCCACUACAGCAACCUGCUGUGCGACCUCCUGCGUGGCAUCGUGGCCACCACCAAGGCCGCCGCCUUGCAGUACCCAUCACCUUCCGCUGCCCAGGACAUGGUGGAGAGGGUCAAGGAGCUGGGCCACAGCACCCAGCAGUUCCGCCGCGUCCUAGGCCAGCUGGCAGCCGCCUGAGGGCCGUGACCCCAGGAGGGAGGCGGGAGGGGCAUGGUGGUCCCAGCUCCCUGGCUCCCAUCUCAAGAGUCGCUGCGCCACAGGCUUAGAGACAGGACCCCAGCUCUGCCUUGGGCCUGGUGCCCUGGAUGCCCAGGAAUCUGUAUAUAUUUAUGACUGGGCAGGGUGUGGGGCCGUGCCUCCCCAGGAGCCGAAGCCCAUGGGUCGGCCAGUGGCCUUCCCUAGCAUGCACCACGGGCCCGGGGCGGGUCACCAGGCAGGGUCUGGAGUGUGAGGGCCCUGCAGCCUCCAGGACCUCUUGCUGCCCCGAGGUCUGAGCCUGGCCCCGUGAGGGAGCCGUGUCCCCUGACAGGGCCAGUGCAGUUCGGUGUGUCCUCCGCCUUACCAGGAGAAGACCCUGAAGAACUAGAACUAUUUUUCAUUAUUGGUUUUCCAAUCAUUUGACUAAUGGUCCAUUUAAAUAAAGUUUUUAAAAUGAAGA